AUGUCUACACUGUCAUACAAAAAGCAAGAUGCGUAUGCUACGACUUCCAAUACACCGGAUAAAAUGGCUGUGUUUCAAGAAUGUCUUCAACAAUUCAAUGCUACUCCGGUGAAUGCCAAAAAAUGUAGACAAUUGUUGGCAAGGUUGCUCAGGUUGAUUUACAAUGGUGAAGAAUUGCCAGCUCAAGAGUCAACUACGUUGUUUUUUUCCAUUUCGAAGUUGUUUCAACACAAGGAUCAAUCGUUGAGACAAUUGGUUUACUUGACAAUUAAGGAAUUGUCAUCCACAUCAGAUGACAUUUUGAUGGUCACGUCUUCAAUUAUGAAGGAUAUUCAAGGUGGAGACGCAAUUUACAAACCCAAUGCCAUUCGUACUUUGUCCAAAGUCUUGGAUCCAACCACAGUCACAGCAGCAGAAAGAUUAUACAAGAAUGCAAUUGUUGACAAGAACCCGAUAAUAUCCUCGGCUGCAUUGGUUUCAUCCUACAACUUGUUGCCCCAUGCUAAGGAGGUAGUCAAAAGAUUCGGAAACGAAGCGCUGGAAACCAUUCAGUCUUAUAAAUCAUUCCCUCCCAAUCAAUUUCAAUUACAUGAAUUCUACGGUAAUGCCACUUCCAACUUACCAUCCACUUCUUUCAUGUACCAGUAUCAUGCAUUGGGAUUGAUUUAUCAAUUGAGAAACCAUGAUAAAAUUGCAUUGAUGAAGUUGGUCACGACCUUGUCGGAAGGAUCAUCAUUGAAAAACUCAAUGUCAGUUAUUCAAUUGAUCAGAUACAUCAACAAAAUUUUGGAUGAUGACGAGGCAUUGUUCCCUCAAUUGUACCCAGUCUUGUCUGGCUUUUUGAAACACAAGUCGGAUAUGGUGGAAUUAGAAGCUAGUAAAGCUUUGAUCAACUUGCAACACUUGUUGAAAGAUGACCAGUAUAUGCAAAUCGUCACUACUUUACAGAAAUUGUUGGGUGUCCCAAGAACGGCUACCAGAUUUGCUGCCAUUAGAUUGAUCAACAAAAUAUCAAUCAAGCACCCAGAAAAAGUAUUGGUCAUUAACUUGGAGUUGGAGAGUUUGAUUAAUGAUUCAAAUAGAUCUGUAUCCACUUUGGCAAUUACGACGUUGUUAAAGACUAUGGGUGCAGGGACAACUGAAAGUUCAACUGGAGGGGAAAGUGUGGACAGAUUGAUUACCAAAAUGACAUCUCUUAUGGAUGAAAUUACAGAAGAUUUCAAGAUUGUCAUUAUUGACGCUAUUGAAAACUUGGCUUUGAAAUUCCCAUCAAAACACAAAAAGUUGGUUUCGUUUUUAACUGAUUUGUUGAGGGAUGAUGGAUCUCUUGAGUUGAAAACUGCUAUUGUUGAUGCCUUAUUUGAUUUAAUCAAAUUCUUACCAAACGAAGGUGCCAAACAAUUGAUUUUGAUGAAUUUAUGUGAAUUUAUUGAAGAUUGUGAGUUUACCGAAUUAUCAGUUCGUAUCUUGCACUUGUUGGGUGAUGAGGGUCCAUCCACUUCAAAUCCUUCGUAUUACAUUAGACAUAUUUACAACAGAUUGGUGCUUGAAAAUUCCAUAAUCAGGGCAUCUGCAGUUAUAGCUUUAGCCAAGUUUGCUGCAGUUUGUGGCGGUGAUGUUUCAAAAAACAUUGUUAUCUUAUUAACCAGAUGUUUGAACGAUGUCGAUGAUGAAGUGAGAGAUAGAGCUGCAAUUUCAUUAAACUUUAUAAAUCACAAAAAGAAGAACUUGAUCAUCAGUGAUUCAAGAUAUGACUUGUCGGCUUUGGAACACAAACUUGUCAACUACUUAAGUGACAAGGAGAAUUUUAAUGAAAAAUUUGAUAUAUCUGAGGUACCAUUCAUCACAGCCGAAGAAUUGAAAUCAAUUGAGUACAAUAGGAAGUUGAACAAGUUGGAGCGCUCUUCUGAUGAAAGUGCUGAAUCUAACGAAGGUACCAAGAAGAAUGACAAGUCCGAAGAGAGGUCCGAUAGUAGCGCUAACGAUCUAUUGAAACAACAAGAAUAUGCACAAGAUCUUUCAGCUAUUUCUGAAUUCGAACUGUAUGGCAAAUUGACAAAAUCAUCAUUAACACCAUUGUACCUCACUGAUAAAGAGAAUGAAAUUGUUGUUAGCGUUGUUAAGCAUUUGUUUGUUGAGUCUCAAAAGUUGGUGUUACAAUACAACAUCAAUAACACUUUGCCACAUACUGUAUUGCAAGACAUUUCCGUUAUUGCUCAACCGGACAAUGAGCUUUACCAAGAGGAGUUGAUUGUUACAUUGCCGGAGUUGAGACCAAAUGAAACAGGUGUUGUUUACGUUUCUUUUAGUACACCAUCAGUGGAUGACGAAGAGCUUUUAUCAGCGUUUGGAAACACUGUUGCCUACACCAACCGAGAUGUUGAUGAAGAUGGUCAAAUAGAUCCCACAGAUGACGGUUGGUCUGAUGAGUACCAAAUUGAUGAUUUGGUUUUGUUUGCCGGUGACUUCAUUAAUCCACUCUAUAAUUCCAACUUUUCCGCUAUUUUUGAUCAAUUGCCAUCGUCAGAAGACGGGAACUCCACUGGUUAUAUUGUCAAUGUUGACAGUUUGGAGAAUGCUGUGAACAAAUUGAGAUCAAGCUUGAAUAUGACACCAUUGGAUGGUUCUGAUUAUGUGCCUAGUGAUUCUAACUCACAUACAUUGAAAUUAUUGGGUAAAGAUGUUUGGGGCGGUAAAGUUGGUGUUUCAAUCAGAUUGGCAAAGACUGGUGGUAAGAUUGUUGGUCGUAGCGAAGUGAGAACUGAAACGGACAAUUUUGCUAAUGUUGUCACCAGCAGUAUAUACGACUCGUUAUAG